AGUAAAGAUAAAAUUAAUGAAUCAACAUUAACUUUGGAAAAUAACCGGCAGGCUAAUAAUUCAAUUAAUGAGCAUAUUAAAGCGCAUGAUGUAUCCGACGAUGAUGAAAUAAUGUUUGAUGCCUUCUCGUUAUUAAAUAAUGAUUAUCCGAAAGAACAAAAUGAUGAUGAUGAACAAAACAAUGAAGGAGAACAAAAUGACAUCAAUGGCUCUAAUGUAAUUGAAAAGACCAAGCAAAUGAAACUCAAAGACAAUCCAAAGCCAAUAAUGAAUAGUGAUGAGCCAAUAGAUAAAAUUUUUGAAAAAAUCCAAAAAGAAUUUGAGAAUUUUUCCUUACUUACAAAUAAUAAUGUUAAUAGUUAUUUUGAGAAGAAGCAAAACGAAGAAUAUAAUUUACAAUUAGGUGAUAUCGCAAUUCAUUUUUUGUGCGAAUUGGGAGAUAUGACAAUCCGAGAUAUUUUUUCUUAUGUGAAUAAAAAUCAUGUAGGGGAAGAACUUAUUAAAAAUAUUAAAGAAAAAUACCAAUCAGCCAAUGUUGAUUAUAAGCUUACUGAAAAAAGCUUAAAAGAAUUAGAAAUUAAUUUUUAG